GCACUUGUAAAGUGUAAUAGACAUCAGUAUUACCCACCUUGAAAAUUUAACUGCAUAAAUAAUAGGGGCGUUAUUAUUUAAUUGUCGAGUUUUAAUUAUCAACAACUAGAAUCCCAUUGAUAGAUAAAUUCAAAGUGCAAUGAUUUAGUGUAGUAACAAAUAAUAAAUCAAACGGUAUAACUAUUAUUGAAUAUUUGUCAAAAAUAAUCUUAAUCGCCUUAAUCUUAUCAACCGGUUCUGAGAAAUUGUCAAAAAAAAAAAAUAAAAUAAAGUAACUGUCAUGCGAUACAUUUAUAAAUCAUAGCCAGUGGGUUUGUUGAUUACUCAGUUAUUUCAGUAGACAUUUGACCAUGGACGAGACAAAUGAUUCACAAAAAUGGCAACAACAUUUGUCAUUACUCAGAACUCAGUAUGUAAAUCUUUAUACAGCAAAUACUGAAUUACAGCAAAAAUAUGCAAUCGCUACUGCAUCAAAACAAGAAUCUGGAUUUAUCGAACGAUUACUAGCAACAAUUGCUUCGCUUUAUGCUCAAAAACAAUACAGUGAUUUAACUAUUAAAUUAGUCAACAAUGAACUGCCAGCUCAUAAAUUUGUUUUAAAUGCUAGGAGUGAUUUUUGGAGUGAAAGUUCUCUAGCAAAUAUUUCAGUACUGGAUUGGAGUUAUUUGGAUGGAGAUGCUGGGUCCAUUCUCCUAAAAUGGAUUUACACAAGUACAGUAGAAAAAGAAAAUCUAACAUUAGAACUGAUGAAAGCGGCGUCUAAUUUUCAAUUAAAAGAAUUAGUAGAACAGUGUGAAACUUAUUUAAUUGGAACAGUAAGUCUCCGCGAUUGCGUGGCUCUUUAUACAGCAGCCGAAGAGUUGGGAGCUGAAAAAUUACGUGACUACUGUAGUUCAUUGAUAUCAACCCACUGGGACGAUUUAGCUGGAGAUGAUUUCAAAGAGAUGCCUGGUCCUCUUCUAUACGAAUUAUUAAAAACAAAGAGCGAAUUUCCAUUACAUUCAGCCGUCAGAUUAGAAAGAGAGGAUGUGGUUUUUUUGUAUCUAGUUGAACACAACGCCGAGCUCGCAACUGCAGUGAAUGCAGUAGAUCACAAAGGCCGACGUGCUCUAGAAGUCGCUUUAAAAUCCCGCCAACCUUCGCUGGCCCGUACUCUGGUGGAACAUCAAGCAGAUUUAAGCGCCAAAGAUUCCACUGGUUUGACGUUGCUCCAGUCAGCUAUUUACAAAGGCGACUCAUACGCUGCUGAGUUUAUAAUCGAGCAACUGGAGAACAGCGGCGCUUGUCAGAGACUUUGCGAUCCGCUGAGAUUAAACAUCAACAACAAAGACAACGUUGACGAAACUCUGAAACAGUUUGAAGGAUGUACUGUCCUUCACUUAGUGUCCAGACACAAUGCACCAGACAUGAUAGCUAUCGCAGCGAAACUUCUUCAGGCGGGCAUCGAUGAAAAUUUGCAAGACCAUCGCGGCUGGACGGCUUUGCACUGGAGUAUUUGGGAGAAACACGAGCCACUUUUUGAAUUACUUUUAGAUUCGAAAAAUAUUGAUCUUGACGUGACAACUAAAGAUGGACAUUCGCCGUUGGCUUUUGCUUUGAGAGCUGAUCCCUAUCACAAGAGUUUUGCUGAAAAAUUACUGUCACGUGGGGCAAAAUCAAAUUUAAUUUACAGUACGCGGGAUACUUUACUACAUAUUUUAGCUCAAGAGGGCAAAGAAGAAGCAGCUUUAUUUUUACUCAAACAUUCCAAAGAUGAUAAUUUAUCAAAGAAAUUAAAUGCUGAUGGAUUAACUGUACUGCAUGAAGCGUGCAAAGCUGGACUAGCAGAUUUGACUAAAUUAUUACUUGAGAAAGAUGACUCGGGAUUUUGUACAACCGCAAUUACUAAGACAACUGAACAAGUACCGCUGCAUUUAGCCGUAACAAAUUUACAUUAUCCAGUCGUACAGAUGCUGCUUGAGUUUUCAAAAAAUAAAAAAGAUCAGUUGGAUUGCAAAGACAGAGACGGAGAGACUCCAUUAAGUUUAGCAAUCAAGGCCCCACUUAAAAAAGGACGGGAAAUUGUUGCGGCUUUAAUAAAUGCCGGCGCGAAUAUUAAUGAAAAAAAUGAUAAAGGCUUGACGUUGCUGCAUCAAGCGAUUCUCAAAGAAGACUCAGCAACGGCAAUAUUUUUAUUGGAAAAUGGAGCAGACAUGAGCGCUAAGACAUCCGAUGAUGAGACACCUCUGCAGCUGAGUGUCCACUGUCGCUUGGGUGAAGUCGUCGAAGCUCUGUGUCGCCGUGGAGUCAACACGUCCGUGGGGUGUCCACUCUGGGACGCUUUGGACUCAGACCAAGAAGACACGGCGUCAAUUUUAGUUACCCAUGGCGCAGAUACUGACUGCUGGGGACCAGGACCCGAUGGCUGCCUUCAGACUCUUCUUCAUCGCGCUAUCGAUGACAAUAAAGAAGAAAUAGCGCAGUUUUUAAUACGCAGCGGCUGUGAUUUAAAUGCCACUAGAAAGCCAGGUCCCAAUGGCGAGGGAGGGGACGAAGCGCGAGACAAUUGCACUCCGCUGCAUCUCUGCUGUCAGUGGGGACUAGAACAAGUGGUACAGACCCUCGUCGAGCAUGGAGCCAACGUGAAUGCUCGCGACGCUGAAGGAAAAACUCCAAUACAUAUCGCUAUUCAAAAUCAACAUGCAGAAAUAAUUUCUCUGCUGUUGUGUCAUCCGAGCCUGGAUCUUUCAUUGAGGGACAAAAAAGGACUGAGUCCAUUUGCAACCGCCCUGACUGUCCGUAAUAAUAAAGCAGCUCAAGCGAUUCUCGAGAAACUCCCGAGUGCUGCUGAGCAGUUUGACAACAAAGGAAGAAAUUUUCUUCACAUGGCGAUUCAGAAAGGCGACAUGGAGAGCAUACUUUUCUUAUUAUCCAUCCAGGUUGACGUUAACUCACGCGUCCAAGACGUCACCCAAACGCCCCCGCUGCACCUGGCCGUAGCUUCAGGCAACGAAAUGCUCGUGCGCAGUUUAAUUCUCGCUGGAGCCAAAAUAAAUGACACUGAUGCCCACAGAAAUACUGCUCUGCACGCUGCUGCCAAAGCUGGUCACGCCGCGGUCGUAUCAGCGCUGCUGCAAAACAGCAUAAACUUCGACGCGGUAAAUACUGACGGUGACAACGCUCUUCAUGUUGCCGUACGUGAAGGACACGUCUCCGUAGUGAGAACUCUACUGACCGAGUGCACUCUCGACGCAGAGACGGUUAAUCUUAAAGGCAGAAAUCCUCUGCAUGAGCUCGCGAGAUGCGGUCGUGAUAAUGCCGCGACUAUUUGCGAACUUUUCCUCGAAUGUAUGGCGCAAUAUCCAAUUAACAAUGCAGAUGCUGAUGGCAACACACCGCUGCUGAUAGCCUACAUGAAAGGAAAUGGAAAUCUAUGCAGGACUCUUGUCAAAGCUGGUGCAUGUCUCGGCUCAAUGAAUAAAGACGGCGUUACAAUAUUUAAUUACCAAGUCGCUACCAAGCAAUUGCUCUAUCGACUACUUGAUUCGUUGACUCAAGAGGCUCCUUGGGCCGACAAAGAUAUUUGUCUAGAGUGUGGGACUAAAUUUUCUUUGACUAUGAGGAAGCAUCACUGCCGUCAUUGUGGAAGAAUAUUAUGCAGUAAAUGUUCUGGUCAGGACGUGCCAAUAGUUAAAUUUGGAUUAAAUAAACCCGUACGUGUUUGUGGAGUCUGCUUUGAUGUAUUGCAAAUAGGAGCAGAAUAAAAAUAUUAAAAUAUAAAAUAUAAAUAAUAUUAAUAAAUAAAUAAAUUAGUAUUUUUUUUUUGUAUAGAUAAAAAUUAAAGACUGGCAAUUAUGCUGCUAUCGUAUUGAAACGAAUAAAAAAAAUAAUAAUUAUAAUUCCAU